AUGAUUUGUAUCCGACAAACCUUACUGGGAGUUGCUCUUUUCCGUUCUAUAUUGAUUACUGCAACUAGGGAUGCCGAUCACGACACGGAUUCGGAGACAUCAAUUCAAAACCUUGCAGAAAAAACCGACUGCAAUUCAUCAUGGCAGUCAAAAAUGCAACUCUCAGACGAUGAUACUUUUCAAUCCUUCCGCAGCUAUUUUCUCGACCUUGACGAUAAUCGCAAUAGCCCCGGACCAAAGCCAGCCCACAGCUUGGGCACAAGCAGUACAGUUGGUGAAAAAGGUAUUCAAAAUGUAAACAAUGCCUAUCGAACCUCAAACCCUUUGCUCAAAAAACGUGCAUUGUACGAACGGUUGGCAGCGGAUCAAGAGUCCCUGUGUCAAUACCUGCCUGCAAUCAAAUUUCCAACCAAGCCGCGUUCCUCAAGGCCGCGCCUCAGCCGUUGGAACUCAAAAGGCAUAUCUAUCAAGGGUCGUCAAAAGAUGAAAAAAAGCCAACGCGCUACAACAAAUUUUAAACUGGAGACUGUCAUCCGCACAAAAAAUAAUACCGGAAAGCAAAAAAUCAAUAAUUCUUUCCAAGUCAAAACUGGGCCGAUUUUCAGAGAACUCCAGGAAGCCAGAGAAGAUACAGAACUGUUUGAUCUGUUUACGCGGGCUCAAAAAUUAAGCCUCAAGCUGAAAGCCAAACAGAGAAACAUUGAAUUAGCAGAGCUUACACAGCAAACUGAUUCGGAGCUUGAAGAAGAAGAUAUUGUUGUUUAUCCUUCAAACCCCAAGCUCAAAUUACCAAAAGAUGGAAAGGAGCCAACUCACAAUGCCUACAUCAAGCUGAGAUUACCAUCACAUAAAAUGCAAGUCCCAGAAAAGGCAAACCGAGUGGUGACAAGAGCACAAAGGAUUGGAGAGUACUUAGAUUAUCUCCAUCAAUUUCCUCAAAUUAUGCCAGAUGCACAAAUACAGGUCAAAAUUUCAAAUGAAGCUCACCAAAAUCUUCUUGAAUGGUUCUACAAUUUACUAUUCAAGGACACUCAAGAUCACCCGCCUCUCCUGGGUUGGGCUCAACUGGAGUUUCCACUAAAGCAUGGAAACCACAAGAAAUUCAAUCCUGCUCAGAUCAUUCUUUACAAAGCUCUAACACAGGCAGGUUGGCUAACAAUCUCUCAAGUUGCUUAUGUUGCAAUUAAGUUGCGCAACAUCUGGCUAGAAUUUAAUUGA